AUGAGACAAGAAAGAAGGAAUAUGCAUUAUAGUCGCAUUGUAUGUUUGAUUAUCCUUCAUCUAAUAACAGAAGGUAAGAGUUUUCCAGGCCCACCAUUACCCGACAUUGAUACCUGCACACCUAGGGGAGGUACAUGUGUGAAUGAUACAUCAUUAUGUAUUGGAUUUACAGACACGUGGGCUCUAUGUCGCAAUAGUCAGACAUGUUGUAAACCAGCUCCGUCUACGACACAUCCGGAACCACCAUCGCCAGAAACAGACAUUUGUGGAAAAGUCACAAGAAUAAGAAUUCAAGAUUUCCCUAAAACAUCUAGAAUAGUAGGAGGUCAGUUUGCAGAAGAGGGAGAAUGGCCUUGGAUGGUCAGUCUAGAUGAUGCAGAUGGACAUUUUUGUGGUGGGACCCUUAUAUCUAAUCAAUGGAUUGUUACCGCUGCACAUUGCUUGGAACGCAAAGUGAAAACAGAAGUGAAUAUAACACUUGGGGAACACCAUCAAGUCGUUGUGACUAAUAACGAAGAGCUAGUACAGAUAGACACAUGGAUCGUACAUCCAGACUACAUUGAAAAUGUUCCUGGUAUUCCCAACGAUAUCGCCUUGGUACGACUCGUGAAUCCGGUCGACAUUUCUGAUCAUUACAUAAGGACUGCAUGUCUUCCGCUCAAUCUUACAAAUAGUGAUUUCAUCAAUUCUGAUUGUUACAUCAGCGGAUGGGGAUCCACAAAAGGUGGUGCUGAUAGACGCCAUAUUCAACAUUUAAGUGUAUCUAUUGUAUCUAUCGCCAACUGCAAUCAGUCCUGGGAAGGAGAUAUACUAGAUAGUCACAUUUGUGCAGGAAACGGUAAUACCGGAUCGUGCCAGGGAGAUUCCGGAGGACCACUUGUAUGCAAAAUUAAUGGUCAGUUUGUUCUCUAUGGAGUGACAUCAUGGGGAGAUAGGUCAUGUCGAACGUUCCCUGACGUUUAUACUAAAGUGACUUCAUACUUGUCAUGGAUCGAAAAUGUCAGAGCAACACAUGAUCAUGUAGAACAAAAUCUUGGUGAAAUUAUUGGAAUUUUCAUUCGCAAAAUUUUAGAUAUUUUUAUAAACUUCUUGAAAAAAGCUGUUGAAAAAUUUCAAGUAAAUAAAUAA